AUGGACCAAGAAUAUCCGUACCGUUCUCGUCCCACGACGUCCUCCUACGUCAACAAAGAGCUCGCCAACGCGCUCAUUGACGUUGUCCAGGUCACCCGUAACGGCUCCUCUGAACCAGUCAGCGCUAGCAACUCGCACCUUGGCCUCGCAGCGGCUGCAAACGACCGUCCACGCCGCAGCCCUUCGCCCCGCAUGCCCAACUCGUUCGAAGCCGCCAUGUCCAUGUCGCCACCAAAGGAUCCCUUUGUCGACGACCUCGACAAGUCCGAGGCCAGCGGCCGUGUCGACAAGGACCGCGCUGGAUUCAAGCGCCCCUCCACGUCGUCUAGCAACCCUAAGAAGAACUCUUCGUCUCGUCGUGACAAGGACCGCUCCACGUCCGAGAGCAAGGACAGGAGGCCCAGUCGUCAUGCCGAUGUUAUCGACACUUGGGAUCCUUCCGGUGGUAGUGCCAUGUGGCACCACUCUGGGCCGUACGAUGCUGCCGCCCCGUCCCGCAACCUGAACCAGCCCAAGACCCACGCACCGAUGCGUGCGUUUGAGCGCGAGGAGGCUGCCAAGGCUGCUGUCGCUGCAGCCACUGCCAAGGAGUCACCAUCGCGCACGGUCCCCCAGGUCGUGGCUCACGCUCCCGCCCCGGCCGUUCCCCCCAAGGACAAUGACGGGGGUGCUCGGAGCCCAACUGUCGCUACGCGCAACAUGCCGCGUCGGACUAGUGGAGGUCUCAGUGCGCAAUACUCGACCUCUUAUCCGACUGGCGGGGGUCACUUUCCCAACCAGGACGUGCUUCCAGAGGACGAGACACCCACGUCACCUCGGUACCAGCGGCGCCAGAAGGAGGAGAAGCAACGCGCCCUCCAGGCCGCAUGGGGGAUUGAUGAGCCCGAACCGUUCGAGGACUUUGGCUCUUCUCCGCGCGACGAGUCGUACAUUGACCGUGACCACCUCGGCUCUCCGAACGAGCAAGCCGGCCCCCGCGGCGGCUUCUUCGGUCGCAGCGGCGCCAAGGGCCGGGGCAUGGAGGAGGCAACUUCUCCUGGCCCGGACGACCAGACGUUUGCAGCUAAAGCAACUCGCCCUGGCGGUGGUGUCAAGCGAACCAAGAGCUUGAUGCAGAAAAUCAAAUCCAUGCGCGGCGACCGCUCACAAUCACCGAACAAGUACUCGCCUUCUUCCGAAUAUCCACCGAUGCCCUCGUUGGCGCACGGAGGCCCGGCGUCGGGACAGGCUGCGAAGCCGAGCAUGGACGACCACCGCCGCCCCUCGUUGCCCGCUAGGCCUGAGCGCUCGGCGGCGCGUCUGGGCCCGACGUCUACCUCUGAACCCUCCACCGCGCCAGGCUCGGGCCCCGUGUCCAAGGCUGGCUCGGCCACCAACUCGGCGCACGGUCACUCGGCUUCGCUCCCGCCCGAGUUGACCGAGGAGAUCGUCGAGAACGGUAACGGGCACGGACACAGUCUUAGCACCCACCUGGAGCCGUACACUUACUCGAGCGGCGGCAUGCGGCGUCCGAGCAAGAACCUCCCGCAGCCGCCUGUAGGCCCAGUCAUGCCCGACUUUGAGGAAUUCCUCCCCGGCCGGCGCAGCAGCUCCAACAGAGCCGACGAGGGCGAGCCUAUGAAGCGCAAGACGAGCGUUGUCAAGAAGCUGACGGGGAGAGUGAGCCGGUAA